UGCCGAGCUGUCAGUUAGCUUGACAAUCGCUUGACAGUUAGCUUGACAAGCUGCCUGACAAUCGAUGCUGUUAAAAAUAGGCUGCCAUCCGCGCGCCUAUUUACACGUGGAUAGGUUUCUUCGCUUUUUUCUGUUUUGCCUUUGCUCUUUGCAUGAACGCAUAUUCUAGCAAAUCGAUAGAAAAUAUGAAGUUGCGCGCAUGCUAUAGUUGAUUAGUCGUUACAAUGACCACGAUAAGUUCUACAUGAGUGGCAUAUCGUGUUACAAAGCGUCUCAUCUAUUUUGACCUGUUAUCCGAGUAGCGAUAUCAUGCCUUUCCGCACCAUGAGGGUGGGCCUUCAAACAUUGAUAACGACGCUGUUUUGGACUGUUGCAGCGUCGGCCGUCAGCAACAAAUCGAGAGUUGGACAGCCCGACCAGAAGUGCUUCAAGGAGCUCGGAUGCUUCAAGAUGGAGGGGCCGUUCUUCCACGAGAUCUACCGGCCCAUAAACUUCUAUCCGGAGGAGAGGGAACACGUCGACACACGGUUCGUCCUAUACUCGCGGGAGAAUUCGAAGCGCGGCGAGCUCCUAAAGUGGUCCUCGACGCCGGCAGAGGUCGCCAGGUCAACUACCUUCAAGGCCAGCAGGCCGACCAAGAUCCUGAUACACGGCUGGAUAGACACGGUGUUCUUCGGGGCUUGGAUGACGAAAAUGGCGAAGGCUUUUCUCAUGGUGGGAGACUUCAACAUCAUCUUAGUUGACUGGCAAGGCGGCAACGCUCUGCCUUACACUCAGGCGACAGCCAAUACGAGGUUGGUUGGCGCCGAGAUUGCUCUGCUGGUCAACAAGUUGGAGAAAGCGUUUGGCGCGAAGCGGGAGACAUUCCACAUCCUGGGUCACAGCCUUGGCUCUCACGUAGCCGGAUACGCUGGCGAGAGGCUUCCGGGGCUGGGACGGAUCACAGGUCUAGAUCCAGCCGAUCCCUACUUCCAGCACAUGCCGAAGGAGGUACGCCUGGACCCGACCGACGCUCGGCUAGUCGACGUUCUACAUACGGACGGCGGAUCGGUGUUCGACAUAUACAAAGCCGAAGGGCUGGGCAUGUACCAGCCGGCCGGACACCUUGACUUCUACCCCAACGGCGGCAUUAAGAUGCCCGGCUGCUCGAAGAGCUCGCCGAUACUGACUACGCUGACCAAGGGUGCCAUUCAAGCUGCCCGGUCGGUGGUGUGCAACCACGAGCGCGCCGUCGAUUACUUCCUGGACAGCAUCACGGAGCGCGAGUGCACCUCACUGGCCUACGCGUGCAUCUCGUUCGAGACGUUCCGCAGUGGCCGCUGCUCGGACUGCGGCAACAACGGGCGCCUGUGCGCACGCAUGGGCAUGCACGCGGACGCCUGGAAGCCCGCGGACAACACCUCGGUCCAGAUGUACCUGCACACCAUGGCCGAGGCGCCCUUCUGCGCAUUCCCCUUCUUCGUCAACGUCGUGCUGUGGAGAACAGAAAAAAUCUUUGCCACUGGGUACUUCGUUCUCAUCUUGGAUGGCACCCGAGGAAGAGCCGUGAUCGAGAUUAAUAAACAGCCACUGCGACUUUUCGGUGCCGUGAAGAACGGGUUCGUCGUGAAGACCGACACCUACAUCGGCGAGCUGCAAGCGGCCUCCUUCCGCUACACCAGCAGCCGUUUCUUUUUCUUUCGCAGCAACAUGCUGCUCCGGUAUGUCGAGGUGUUGCCGAUGAACAAGCCCUUGAGAACGCACGAAAGGAAGAACAAGAUGAAAACGUUUUGCUACUACAAUAAAACGGGGAUACCAUCGGGCGAAGCAGUGAAGCUGACUCUCUGCAAACUUUAAUUAAAGGGACAAAAUAAACAUAAAGGUAUUGUGGCUGCAAAACA